AGCGAUUUUAUUGCAAAUGUACAAAGAAUAACUGGAUAAACAUUAGCAUAUUUAGGUGGAAUUAUUAAUUGAUAGUUAAUAGUGACACUGAAUUUAAUAUAAAGUUGAAUAUAAAAAUGGACACAGUAUUUUCGAAGAAGAUAUAGAAUCAAGAAUACUGUAUAUUUCUUUCCUUGAAAGCAUCUCCAUGAUUGUCUAACAGGAUUAACCGAUUAAGAAAUGGAUAAUAAGGCAACAAACUGCUAGUGGAGUCCAUAUGAGGGUGAACUCCCGACUGUUCCUUCUCUAGGAAUUAAAAGACAGCUCCAACAUUCUCUCUGUUCCUGAUGUCUUCUGCGGAAUUAAGGCCUGGCCAAAAUUCUAGAAAUGCAAAACAAGAUUCACAGGAUCCUUCAGGCCGCAGGAACUGGGAACUUCAUGAUUGCGAGAAAGAUAAUUCAUAUGAACAAUUGAGUAUGUUAGAGUCAGAGCGCAAAGAUUUUAGCUCAGAGAGUGUUGAUGUUCUGAAACUAUGUGCGGAAAACCAAUUAAUCGAGGAGUUCUAUUCUCAAACAUAUUGUGAUGAUGCUGCAACACUAGACGAGCAGAUCAAGGGCUAUAGUUCUUCUGCAUAUAGUUACAAAGAUGCACCAUCACUCAUGCUCGAAAAUGUAGUAGGUGAUGGUUCACAUGAAAUACCAGUAAAAAGGGAUGCCAGAGGAUUUUUGGACUUCGAAUAUUACAGCCGCCUUGACCCUGGAGACAUCAAAGAAACAUGUUCUAAACUGGACUCUGAAUGGAUUGAAGUAGAGAAGGCGGAACCAUGGUGGCGCACUGCUGACAAGGAGUUAGCUGCCUCAGGUUUUCCCAAAUCAUCUGGAUGUUUUGCGAAUUCUGAUCAUUCACGGCCUCAGUAUUUGGGAAGUGAGUCAUAUAAUUGUUCGCAGUUCUCUAACCAGGUUAGUAUAGCAGAUAUGGAAUCUCUGGUUACUCUUGACAGUUAUCCAGGACAUCAUCUUUCACAAAGCCAACAGAAGAUAUUGUGUGUUGGCAAAGGGUGCUUAACACGCGGUUUAGGACAGUCAAUAAGUGGUGAUGACAAUUUAAGUAUUGCCAACGUCCUCACAGCAGAAACCCAACCAGGAUCAAACGAUCUCAGCAAAGGUCAGCUGUUGGAAGCACUAUGCCAUUCUCAAACCCGGGCAAGAGAGGCUGAACAAUUGGCGCAGCAAGCAUACAACGAGAAAGAGCACGUGAUCAAGCUCUUCUUCCGACAGGCGUCCCACCUCUUUGCUUACCGGCAGUGGCUUCAAAUUUUGCAGCUUGAAGCUCUGGUUCUCCAGCUCAGGAACAAAGAUGAACAAAACUCCAACAACUAUUCGACUUUCUUCCCUGUUAUCCCAAUCAAUGGCCGGAAACUCAAGAAGUUCAGAUAUAACAAGCCUAUUAAGAGGAAGCCGGGAAAGGGAAAAUGCAAGACAAACAAGUCUGCUGUAGCUUUUGCCUUGGGUUUGGGUCUUGCUGGUGCUGGUUUGCUACUUGGUUGGACCAUGGGAUGGCUAUUUCCUGCUCGCAACGGCUUAACCUGACGUAGCCCAAGCUCUUGCUCAGCACAAAUAUUAAACUAUCUCAGGUCAAGUAUAUAACAUUCAUCACGUCGGAGAUAUAUUAUUCUAGCUUGUAGGUAAGGCUCUGCAUUCUGUAAAUAUACAACCACUACGCCUCAAACCUAAAGGCAUUUUGUAAAAUAUAGUUGGGCUAAGGUCUGGUAAUUUAUGUUGUGUACGUUUCCAUAUCCAGUCAGUUGAUAUUUUUGGUCUAGCUGUAUAGUGUACUGCAUUAAUAUAGUCUGUUUGUAUAUUUGUCUUGAGCCGAGGCUCGAGGUUCUAGCGGAAACAGCCUCUCUACUUCUUCGAAGUUGGUGGUAUAUUUUACCCUCCCCACGCCCCACUAGGUGGGAUGACACUGGCUAUGUUGUUGUAUAUAUUUUUCUUUGUAGGUAUAUUUCCAACAUUUCAAUUUA